GUCAGUGCGCAAAGCAGUUUGAACAAAAAAGCGGAGUGACCUUCCUCCGCUCUCAGUCUGAGAGGGGCAGCGCCGAAGCAAGAAGCCGGUUACAGCUCCUGUAGUCGUCCGCUGUAGCUUCAGAAAUGAACAAUAACUUAGUUGGAGAUGAAGUCGGGAAACUUUUUGUGGGUGGAUUGGAUUGGAGUACAACACAAGAAACACUGAGAAGCUACUUUUCACAAUAUGGAGAAGUAGUCGAUUGUGUCAUCAUGAAGGACAAAACUACAAAUCAGUCACGAGGUUUUGGCUUUGUCAAAUUUAAAGACCCCAACUGUGUACGGACAGUGCUGGAAACAAAGCCACAUAAUCUUGACGGGAGAAAUAUUGACCCGAAGCCAUGCACUCCCAGAGGAAUGCAACCUGAAAAGUCCCGAACCAAGGAGGGCUGGAAGGGCAGCAAAGCCGAUAGCAAUAAAUCAAAGAAGAUAUUUGUAGGUGGAAUCCCCCAUAACUGUGGCGAGCCUGAACUCAGGGACUAUUUCAAUAGAUUUGGAGUGGUCACAGAGGUGGUAAUGAUCUAUGAUGCGGAGAAGCAGAGGCCCCGAGGUUUUGGAUUUAUUACUUUCGAGGCCGAACAAUCAGUGGACCAGGCUGUCAACAUGCAUUUUCACGACAUCAUGGGCAAAAAAGUGGAAGUUAAAAAGGCUGAACCUCGCGACAGCAAAGCACCUGGUCAGCUUGGCCCUGGCCAGUGGGUGCCCAGGGGCAUUUUGAGUGCACCUAAUGGUUGGACAGCACAGCCUGCCCUAGGCUGGCAACCACCUUAUGGGCCACAGGGAGUGUGGGUGACGACUACUGGCCAACCCAUAGCGGGGUACGGUCCUCCGUUAUCAGCAGGUCGUGGAACCCCCGCACAACCUCCGUCUCCAUUUAGUGCAUUCCUGGUCACGACUCCAGCGGGCAGUUUUGCUGCACCUCAGGCCUUCCCUCAGCAGGGCUACAGCACAGCACCUCAUUUUGGAUACAGUUUCAGCACACCCCAACCAGACCAGUAUGCUGCGCAGGGAGUACCACCUCCACCUACAACUCCAGGAACUGCAGCGCUGGGCUUUGCCCCCGCCACCACACCAACUCAGGACUUAAGCAAAGCUCCCACUGGGCAGCCUGACUUUCCUUACAGUCAGUAUGGCUUGGGUAACUACCCUCAGGACCCUUCUGCCUACGGACCAACACGUCCUUCUCACAGUUAUGGUCAGGAAGAACAGGGAGGAUAUAGUGCAGGGUACAGUCAGGACCUGAGCGCGUUCAGCCACAGCUUUGCAGACCCUGGACAGCCAGCGGCCUCAUAUGGAGCUCCCACAGCACAACCUGCCGCCGCCCCUCAACCUGCCACCAGCGCAUUCGGCAGAGGGCAGAACCAUAACGUACAGGGCUUCCACCCGUACCGACGCUGACAGGCAGCUCUGGGCAGCAUUGUGGUGUAAAUUUCAGUAAACAAAAACAAACAAAAAAAAAAGUCAGGGAAAUGUGUGUUCUUGCUAAAAAGCAAACCUGGAUUUCUGGAUUGUUCUGUGGAACUGUUGAAUGCACACACUUUGUGAAAUAGAAACCUUUGUGAAGGCAGGGAUUCUAGUAAAUUAUAAAGGGAUGUAAAAGAUUUUUUUUAAUAAUUUAUGAAGCAAAAAGCAGAAAGAAGCUUUUAUUACUCCCCACCCCAUGUUUUAUAGUAGAACUUAACUACUUUGCAAUAACUUUGAUUGUCUAGACAAACACUAGCACAGAGACUACGUAGAGACUUGCAUAUAAAUAUGUAUAUUUAUGACACACAAAUGAAAACAGGGUCUCAAGUUUUCUCAGCUUUAAAUUCUAGGGUAUAGUAUUUUUAUUUUUCAUUUAGUAAGUUUUACUUUAUGAGCAUUUAAGGUUUGUUUAAAUUUGAGAUUAUAAAUAUAUAUUAUACACAAACUGCAAUUUUUUUAAGAAGAAAAUUUUGUACUAUAAAUGUACACUUUGCUUGUUUUUUUAUUUAAAGAUGUAGACUUCCCUCAGGUGGCUGUUUGGGUGCAUUUUGCACUUAUGCAAAAAGAAAAAAGGACAAAUUAUUACAAAAAUAAAUGUUUUAAUGAUA